UGCGCCAUUUUGGCUCAAACUAAGUCAGAAGCAUUUUAUCGCUCAUGAACUAUUUUUUUAAAUUCUGCACGUAAAUACGAUGCAAAAGUCUGUAUGACAGCACUCUGGUUUCCGCGGGUUAACGCUUAAUGCUAAUGUAACUUUGUUAUUGUUUUUUUCAGUUGUUAGUGUAAAGUAAUGAUUCAAAUACUCUGCUGAGCUUCCCUGCCAGCCAAGCUAACUUUCCCUGUCGUUCACUAAAUUUAGCUCUGCUGUUUGUUGAAGCUGCGGCUAUGGGAGGCUGCUCCGCUCCCAACUGCUCCAACUCAACCAGCAUCGGUAAACAGCUGUUCAGGUUCCCCAAAGACCCGGUCCGCAAGAAGAAAUGGGUGGUGAACUGUCGACGUGACUUCGAGCCAACUCCUCACUCCAGACUGUGUCAGGACCAUUUUGAACAGAGCCAAUUUGAGGAGAUAGCGAGGUCUCCAGCCGGAGGAAAGAAGCUUAAGCCUAAUGCCAUCCCCACUCUGUUCAGUAUCGGAGAGCCUCCUUACCCUGCAGUCACCACUCCAUACAUUUUGCUGCCCAUGAAACCUGAACCAGUGGAAAAGGAGCUGAACUUUGGGGACCAUGGUUAUGCCAGACGCACCCCUCUGCCCGGCCUGGAGGAGGAGGAUGCAGAGAGGACUGCUGAGGACCAGCAGCCCUGCACACAGUGUCAGCUCCUCAAGAAACAGCUGGAGCAGGAGAUGCAGCACACUGCAAGGCUACAAAAGGAGGCAGAGGAGAUGAAGAAGCGCCUGUAUCGGCUCGACCGGAUCGAGAAGGGUCUCCAGAACUUUCUGUACGAGGACCAGAUUCGCGCUUUGUCCCUCACAAAACGCUCCCGUCGUGCCGUCUGGUCUCCAGAGACCAUCAUGAAGGCCCGAAAGAUUCGCUGUGCAGUUGGUACAAAAGGCUACGAGUACUUAAGAGAGCUAGGAUACCCUUUGCCCUCCUACAGGACUCUAUGUAACCGCCUGGAGACUAAGAUCAUGGUGACGACUGACAUGAGCUGCGAGGAGCUGGAAGAGCUUAGCCUCGGGCUCAUGGCCACCUGUGACAGUCCUACAGGUGUUGGGGACAAUGAUGAGGAGGAACUGAUUGGUGUUUUGUCCUGAUUGGACAGUCUGCAUGACUUAUUGACUUGAACCAAGGGACGCAUGUGCAGAAGAUGGAUCUAUGAAAGACUUAAGCAUCAAUAUAAAUGUAUGCCUCGCCUGACAGAGAUUGUGAGCUGCCUCAUUUGAAUUGUCACCUGGUCGUGUUUGAUCUGCACCACUGAGACAUGGCUUUGCCCAACUUAAUUGCGAUGCUGGGACAGCAGCCAGCCUAGGUUUGUGCUUAUGGUGUUUCUGAGCUGCAGUAUGUGCUGCCACGUGUGAGGAGAGAGAUGAGAGUCUGGGAUUGUGUGUUAAGUGUAGACCUAAUUUGCACAAAGCCUGUUUAAUUUGCUGCUUGAGCGUUCCACUGACUUUUACAUGCACAAUAAAACCCUGGUAAGUAUUUAGGAUACAUUUGAGUAUCCUAAAUACUUAAAAAGGUUAGGUAGCUUGAGUAUUCUGAUAUGAGGACUACUGUGUCAUGUAAAUAUCUCACACUAUAAACUGUUUUCUGUACAUUAUGCAAGCUUUAUUUUUGUUAAAAUUCACCUAAAAUAUUUAUCAUUUCGUGGUGUGUGUGUGUGUGUGUGUGUGUGUGUGUGUGUGUGUGUGUGUGUGUGCGUGCGUGUGCGUGCGUGUGUGUGCGUGCACACGUGCGAGAAGCUGUAGCACCCAACUGGGAUGAAAAUUCCUCUGAACAUGUUUAGUCUCGAAUUGUGCUGUUUGAAUAAACAUCUAUUGCAAAUCA